AUGCCUCGAGGCCGUCGCCGGGCCGCGCAGACCCCGGAAAAUAUGAAUACACCUGGAUCUUCACGGACUCGUAUUCGACCUGCGAGGUUCACGCCAACCAGAAAUGUUUCCAAUCGGUCAACGCCGGUAUCAACCAAAAGAUCCAAUAAAAAACAGCCGAGGAGUGUCAAAAAGUAAGCGAUGUUGAUUAUUUUGUUAUUUAUCUCGUUCUUAGGCAAUUAAAAGAAGAAUGGAUAAGUGAUGAUGAUUACAUAAAAAAUGAAACGGCAUCGGAUUCUGAGUCGGAAGACGAGUAUGCUCAUAAAUCUGAGGUGGAAUCCGAUAGUGAGCAAUAUGAACCUUUUGAGGAUGUUGGAUCAGUUGAAGGAACCUCUGAGGGUAUGUGUUUUGAUGUUUGUAUGAUGAAUUGAUUCUUUUUUUUCAGAACGACGGUUUUUUCCAUGGUUGGAUCUCCCGAAGGACAAGAUCCCCCCGUUAUUGCUACCAAAUACCAGUACUGAUCUCCUUGUUGAACCCCAGUUAUUGUUUGCUGCAAUGGAAGUAAGUCUUUCGAAAGAGUAAAUGAUGCAAUCUUUAGGUGUAUGAAGUCUGUUACAACUACUAUCGGAUACUUCAACUGUCACCAUUUUUAUUUGAAGAUUUUUGUUGUGCCUUAAGAUCUCCCGACCAGUCUCGGUUGUUAGCUGAAAUUAAUAUCGCUUUUAUCCGCUUGUUUUAUCGAGAUGAUGAAGAGGCUCAGACAACAUUUUCUGUGCAAGAUACCAACAAUUAUUUCAAUAUCACGUUACAACUUCUUGAUGGAAUGACGUAUGGAGAAGUGAGUUUUUAAGUCUAUUAUUGAAUUUUAGGUUGUAUGUCCCUAAACUUUUUGUUUUGUAGAUUCUGCGCCAAUUUGUUGAGAGCGAUAAGCGCUUUGACCAGUCGAUAUUACCUAUUCUGGAAAAUAAUUAUCCAUUCGUAGACAGUCAGCAGCGUCUGAAGGUUUUGAAAUGGUUGUGUGGUAAAUUCUUGGAAUCAAACAUUUUUCGCCAAGUGAUUCGCAAUGAUGGAAAGACUGUGGUAAGAAACAUGAUGCUGUCUUAUGAUUAUUUACUCUUUAUAGUAUGAUGAUGUUUGCCGUGAAUGCGCUAAGCCAGGGAAUGUUAUCUUAUGUGAUGGAUGCGAUGCCUGUUAUCAUGUCGCGUGUAUGGGUCAGGAUACAAUCCCAGAAGGGAGUUGGUUUUGUUCCGUUUGUGAGGCCCAUGAUGCUUCCGGCGCUACCAAUCUGAGAUCCUUGGGAGAGAUGGCCAAUCGAAUGCCUCUUCGGCAGACAGCCCUGGGGCGUGAUCGGCAUGGCCGAACAUACUGGUUUGUUGCCAGAAGAGUCUUUGUGUAAGUGCAAUGUUAUUUUUCUUUUAUGCUUUAGGGAAAGUAUUGAUAAUGAUGAAGUAUUCUAUUAUUCCACUCUACCACAACUUUACAAUGUUGUGAAGAAACUGGAUCCAGAUUUUUUUGAAAGGGAAUUAUGUGAAUCAAUAAACGCGAAUCUGGAUAAGAUUGUCUCUCAGAUGAGAUUAACGCUGAAGUUAACGAAUCAUCAUCGAGAUGAAAUUGUGAAGAAUCUUCCCACCAAAAAGAAAGUUAUUCCACCCUCUUAUCUGGAGCAGGAUAAUUGUAAGUUGUGGAAAUAGCUUGCUUUUCUUUUACUAACUUUGCUUUUUAGCGUUCUUAAUGUCCCAAAUUAUGUCCGAUAUCAUGCAGAAUGCAGCGGAUGGUGUUAAAGUGGAAGGGAAUUAUCUGGUGCAGAACGUUUUAUUGGAACUCGGCUUUAAUGGAAUCAAUUUGGUCGAUACAUUUUGGUGUGGAGGAAGUCUCUCGGGUAAGUCACUUCAAUUUUUCUCAAAGAUAUCUUGAUUUUAGGUGACGAUUUGAUCGAAAAACACAAUCAACUCGUCGAAGCAUUAACUCAAGAUGAAGAGGGUACUCUCCAGGAAAUAGAAACAAAUAAUAAUCGAGGAUAUAGAUAUUCGUUCACUGAUGGUCAUUAUAGAGAAUAUAUUAAUGAGUACACGACGAAUGAAUUGGCCAAAUCAUCAAAGCAGAGGGCCAAAGAGAAGGAUAAACGGAGAUAUAUGAGUCUAAGAUUCGCUCUUACCGAUGAAAAUGAAUUUGUGGUGAGUAUUAUCUGUAUUUUAUCAUUGGUUUAGUGGGCGUGCCCGAAGAAUAAGGACAUUUAUAUGAAUGAGUAUUAUACUGGACGGAAUAUUCAACAAAGUCUUCUCAAAUUUAUGGAUUCAAUCCCUGAUGAACUCUACCAUCGUUUAUGGAGAACAGAGAAGUCGGCCUUUUUGGAGGUUAGUUGUUUUUUGCGUGGGAUUGUAUGGAUGUUUAGAGAUUGAAUCAAAAUUAUGGGCAUCACCCGAAGGACGCAGAUGAGUCAAAGGCAAUGCUAGAGCAGCUUCGGUAUUUUCUGUUGAAAUUCGAAUGCCUUCUGAGGAAACCAGUGUUCUCGAAUGUCUGGUGGAAUGCUCUCGGAUUGACCAGAUUAAUCAGGGUAACAUACGAUGACAAGGAUAGGAGAAGUAAACUGGAUAUCAGGAAAAAGAAAGAGGAGAAGGUUUGUUUUGCUAUUUUUGGUUGGAUUGCGGAUUGAUUUUUUUCUUACGUUGUUGUUUUUAGGCAUUGUUAUCUCAAGAUCCAAACGACUGCCAACCGGAUGUUAAAUUUGUAAAGUACCUCAAGAAACAAUCACAGUUAUGGAAAACAAAAAAUGAGAGCUUUAGAAUGAGCUGGAAAGGAGGGAUGGGAGGGUGGCUCUGGAUUUCGUCAACCUUCAAGAGGAAUCGAGUCGAUGCUCCGGAGAAGUUUGAUGGAAAGUUAUUUCAGGUAGGAAUUAGAGACCAAUUCACUUAUACAUACUUUGCUUUUAGACGUCAAAUUCAACAAAUAAAAAGGCAAAGAGACUGGAGAGUUUGGUGCACAAACUAAAGUACCCGUCCUAUACGGCACCGCUUUGUUGUUAUUCAUCUUCUUGUCGGGAAUAUUCGAAGAUUCAGGGGAUCAAAUACAAUUGUUACAGCCCUUCUUGCCCGAUGAAAUCUCAAGAAAAAGGUGGGGGUGGCAACCUUUUUCUUGCAUUUGUUUUCUUUCUCAAUUCCUAAAAUGAUAUUUUCAGUGAAAUACGCACUGACCUCAAAACCAGAACCGGUGUCAUCAAAGACCAAGGGGGAAGAUGCCCCGUUCCCCAUCCCUGAGCCGUUUCAAUUUUUAUCCCGGGGCUCAGGAAAGCGGAGCUUACUUAUUUUACCUCAACCCCACUUAAGAAAACUCGCCCGUCAAGGAGGUCUCAACCCGACAACUGUGAUAUUCGGCUUUAACAAGGUAGCUAAAAGCAAUCUGAGUGUCUGGAAUUACCCUUGCCCACGACCUCUCUUCGAUCAAUGCUGGAGGUACAACACUUUGCAUGCGACGUCUCUUCAUGCCAUUGCACUCAAUCUGAGGAUAAUGUAUUCGUGUCUACGAUGGGCUGAUAUGGAACCUCCAGAGGAUACUAAAGUAAGAAAUAAUUUUCCGAAAUUAUAUACCCAACGUAGGAUCCUCGUGUUAUUACUCAUCUUCCGGAUCACGAUGAAGUGAGGCAUAUAAUCGGGCAUAAGGAGUACCCUCCAGAUGGUUAUUACGAGAGAUAUCAACUUAAAAUAUUACUAUUGGCAUUAGAAGAAGAUCUAAAUUAUGGUGAUGAAGAGGGAAAGGGGAAGAAAUACAAGAAGAAACAGCCUAAGAAAGGAUUGAUUCCCAGUGCUCACAUGUUGAGUAUAAGAACCAGAGGUCAAACGGAGAGAUGGGCUGAUGGUGUUGACCUUAAAUUGUAUGAGAUCAAGGCUUAUUGGAGGAGAGUUUUGAUGGACGAUGAAUAUUUAAAGGAAGGACAUAGCAAACCGGUGGCUAGUAGAGGUACGUUGUUUUCUUGGUGAUGAUUUUAGUUUAUUUAUUUUUUUUAAUUGACCCGUUUUAGCCGAAACACUGCGAUCCGCCCUUCCUCCACCUCGACCUCUCAACACCCCAACCCAAACAAUGAUGUCAACUCAGAAGGCACAAGGUUUAAAAUCAGCCUUCAACGCCCCUGUUGUAGCCAGAAUCAGUCACACACCCGUGGCCCCUUCUGUAACUCUCAACGGAACCCCUUAUUCCCGGCAAUAUACUCCCUCAUCUCUGGUUGUCCGUCAAAAUGGAACCCCUGUUCACAGGUCUAAUGGUACCCCUUCCACCAUUUAUGCCACACGAGAAACUCCCUCACAUUCCCGAGAUUACAUUGAGAAUCCUUCCCUUCGCUCUCCUCAGAUCAGAUAUGUGAAUCCUAGCCCUCUUCCAGUAAGCUCAUCGAGGUUUUACACACCUGAUACCAUUGUAAUCAACUCCCAAGGAGGGCAGGUGAAUGGAUAUGGGAGUUCUGGAAGAUAUCCGACAAUAAUGCGAAGGGAGACCCCUCCAGUCAGACGAUUAGUCCCCAACAGACAGGUUUACACCACUCUUUCCGUCAAACGAUCUUAUCCCGACUCUUCUCAUAAUGGCUAUGAUAUCAACAAGGAGAAUGGCCGAGUUGUUCUUGACCAUCCCCAUGAUCCUGAUGUCCACCCUCCUCCCAAACGAGUCCGCUUGGUCAGACCGGAGCCCCGUUAA